AUGCAACCAGAUUAAUUUGAUGACAAUUUGCUUGGUAGUGGGAGAAAUCCUUUGAUUCCAAGAUCAUAAGUUCUAGAUGUCUUGAAAAAUCUUAAUAUAAAAGAAGGAAUAUUCACUGAAGAUGAAUUGAGAUAGUUAGAAAAUGGGUACUCUGUUUCAGAAACAGAUGGAGAUGAUAAUGACAUGAUGUCAGUAAGAUCAGGUUAAAGCAAUCAUUUAGGAGCCAGAUCAAUUUAGAGUCCUAUGACAGAUUUCUACGAAAACAUGGGCAGAUAAGCAAGAACUCAUCAUGGGAGAUUUACUGAUGAUUUAAUCAAUAGAAUAACCUCAUAAAAUGAGGGUCACAUCCAAUCAUAGCCACAAUUGGAUGAGCAAAGACUUCGCAUGAACUAAGAAAGGUCAAUGUUGCAUGCUGAAAUAGCAACUCAAAAAAGCAAGUAUCUCAAAAGAAUGACUAAUCUGGAAAGACUCUUAGACUAACUUAAAUCAGAAAAAAGAGAACUCCAAUCAGUGAUAGAGACCUAGAAAUAAAAUUUCAAACUCUAACUUGUUUAACAGGACCAGAAAACUUAAGAUCAACUCAGAGAGAUUAAGGAAUAGCAGUAUAAACUCUAGGGAUAAGUGCCUUAAUUCAAAGAAAAGCUAGAUAUGUAUAAGAAGGAACUUACUUAAUCAAAUCUGAUAAUUUCUGAGGAGACUUAUGUGGAAUUAAAGGCUAAGCAUGAAGAUUAAAAGUCACUCAAGGAGUAUUUAUAAGUCCGCAUUUAUGAACAGCUUGAUAAGUACCAUCAUGAAAUUGAAAAUCUUCGCAGAUCUAAUGAUGAACUUGUGGAAGUCAACAUGAAUCUCAAAAUGAAGAGCGAUAGAGAUCAAAGGGAAAUUGAAAGCUUGAAAAAGAUAGCUCGUGAAAGAGAGGAGGAUUCAAGAAGGAGAAUAGACGCAUUAGAGAGGAGAACCAAAGAACUAGAGCAAGACCUCCACAGAGUCACAACUCAAAAUAAAGUUAUGAUGGAAAAAGGAAUCAGCAUGAAAGAAGUUGAUGAGCAUCAUAAGUAACUUGAAAUUGAUUACAGAUCACUCUAAAACAAGCACAAAAUGGUCGAGGACUAGUUACUGAGACUACAAGACUAAAAACUAGAGGUAGAGAGGAGAAGUGAAUCGUUGAGAAGGGAAAUUGAUAUUCUUAAUCAAGAUAAAACUUUCCUUACUAGAGAGAAUGUCUCAAUUGAGGAAAGAUAUAAAAGAGUAGAGGAUAAGCUAGAUAGAACUGAAGCUGAGCUUCUCGAAUAAAAGAGAAUAGCUAAUAAUUACAUGGAAAGAGUCCUCUCAACAAAUGAUGAUGUGAAAGGAAAGUUUGAAUAGCAAUACACUCAAGAGAUCAAUGAUUUGAAGGAUAGACAUGCCAGAGAAUUAGAUCUUGCUAAACAAAAUCUGACCGAUAUUUAUGAGAAGAGACUUGACUACAUGAGAGAAUUGAAGGAUUCUUAUGAAAGAAGAAUCAUGAAAUUAGAAUAAGACUAUACAGAUAAGAAUAAGUCCUAUGAAGAGUUGCUAAUGGAGUAUAGAUAGCUUUAGAAAACUGCUGAUGAAGAAAUCGGUAGAACAAAGUUAGCAGUAGCUAGUAGAGGAGAUGAAUGCCAGAGAAUUAGGCAUCUAUAUGAAGAUAAUAUGCUAUUAGUCAAGGAUUUGAAGAUUGAAAAUGAGGCUUUGAAGAGCAAAAUAGAUAUCUUGAAAAGCGAAUAUUACAAGUUAGAAAGCAUGAACAGACAAGGAAACGCUGAUAUCAAAGCUGAGUUGGCAGUUUGCAAGGAAAGAUUAGGCAAUUAUGAACUUAUUGAAAAGGAAUUAGACCAAGCCAUAAUGAAUGUCGCUAACAAUGAUAACAUAGAUGGAGAUCCUAUAGAUUCUGUUGGAAAUGCUCUAAUUUAAACUAUUACUAGUGCACCUACAACAGCAAAACGAAGAAUUCAAUAAAGUCUACUUUUGGCAAAUAGACUCUAAUCAAAGUAGAAGGAAGUUGAGGCACUUUAAAAGGAAAUAAAGACCAUGAAAGAUAAAUUAGAGAACUAUGAGUCAGAAUUAAAGUUCCAAAAGCGAGUCAUAGAUAAAACUAACUAACCAGCCUCUUAUAUGAUGGCUGAUUUAGAGAAAUCUGAACGAGAACUCUAAUUCGCCUCUAAAAAAAUAAAGAAGCUCGAGGAGGAAAUCAAAAGACUAAAUAAAGAUAAUGAUGCUUUAGUUCAAGUAAGUCAAUUUUAUAUUAAUCAAUGUCUAUUAUAGUAAAAGAAAGGAUUGGCAGAUGACUUGCAAAAGCUAAUGGCUAAAAGAUAAGAUAUAGAAAACUUGCAAACUGCUCUGCAAGGUAUUAUCUCCCAUUCCUCAAAUAGAAAGAUCGAUGUUGAUGAACUCAAGCAUAAACUAGCUGACAGCAUUAGAUAAAAUAUGAAGGGUAAUAAAGGAUCUUUCAAGGAGAACAGUCAAAAGAGAUUCAAUAAGAGCAGAUCAAGAUCUCCCAGAUAGUUCUUAAGCUCCUAUGAUGAAAUCCCUGAAAAAGGAUCAGCUGUUAAGCAUCAAUAAGACCCUGAUGUCCCUGCUUGGUAUAAAUCUCUCCAAAAGCAUAACCAUAAAUGA